GGGCUGGGCCGGCUUCACGCAAGCCUUUAAAACAACACUGAGACAUCGUGGAGAAACAGCAGAAAGAGAAACAUACACACAGCGGUAACGUUUCCUCCUUGAGUUUUCUAUCACCUUCAGUCUCAUCCUCCUGGACGUCUAAAGAGAACCGGUAUCUCCAAAACUAAAAAUGGAGGAGAUUCAGAUUGAGACAAGACAUUUGCUUGAUAAGGACCUCCAGGGUUUAAGAGAAGCUGUUCAGCAGCUUGAGACAAAGGAGGAUAAUGUUGAGACACCAUGUGGCAGAAUUCACUGUACUUUAAAGGGGGUCCCCAAAGGAGACAGACCUGUCAUUCUAACCUUCCACGACAUUGGAUUGAACCACAAGACAUGCUUUGACACUCUGUUCCAACAUGAGGACAUGCAGGAGAUCAUGCAACACUUUGCUGUGUGCCAUGUGGAUGCACCGGGACAGCAUGAGGGAGCCAAUACUUUUUCCACCGGAUACGAGUACCCUUCUAUGGACCAGCUCUCUGAGACCCUUCCUCUGGUCCUGAAACAUUUUGGUCUUAAGAGUGUGAUUGGAAUGGGGGUUGGAGCUGGUGCCUACAUCCUUUCAAAGUUUGCUCUGGACUACCCGAAAAUGGUGGAGGGUGUUGUGUUGAUCAACAUCAAUCCAUGUGCUGAGGGUUGGAUGGACUGGGCAGCCCAAAAGAUCAGUGGCUGGACUCAUGCCAUGCCUGACAUGAUCAUCAGCCACCUGUUUGGAAAGGAGGAAAUUCAGCACAACCAUGACCUAAUUGGCACUUACCGGCACCACAUCCUGAAUGACAUGAAUCAGUACAACCUUCAUCUCUUUGUCAAGGCAUACAACAGCCGAAGAGACCUGGAAAUUGAGAGGCCUGUUCCUGGAGGAACCAUUCAUGUCAGGACCAUCAAGUGCCCCUCUCUUCUCGUAGUUGGAGACAGUUCUCCAGCAGUGGAUGCUGUGGUGGAGUGCAACACUAAGCUGGAUCCGACCAAAACCACACUGCUGAAGAUGGCUGACUGUGGAGGCUUGCCUCAGGUUGACCAGCCUGGAAAGCUGACUGAAGCCCUUAAAUACUUCAUACAGGGAAUGGGCUACAUGCCCUCAGCCAGUAUGACUCGCCUGGUUCGCUCUCGCACUGCCUCCGGCUCCAGCGUCACCUCGUUUGAUGGCAACCGCAGUCGUUCUCACACCAACGAGGGCAGCCGCAGCCGCUCACACACCAACGAAGGCCGGGCCCGCGCCCACACCGGCGACGCCCAGCGUGCACGCUCUCACACCGACUCUGCGGACAACUCCGUGGAUCAGUCUGUGCUCAAAUCCACUGAAGUCUCAUGUUAAGCAGCUUCAACUUUCCCUUACCCCAACCACACACUUCCUUUAACACACUUCCUUACCCAUAGCUGUGUGUGGGUCUUGCACUGUCACAAAAACGCCCAAGAGUGCAGGCCACCAGCUUUGGGCACACUCUCAUCCCAGAAUACAGCCGAAAUAGUCAGAGUGUAUUAUUUAAGGGUCCUCUGGGAAAUGCUGUUUUGAUGAAGUAAAAUAUUUGAAAGGGAAUCUCCCCAAAACUCCUCAUUUGCCCCCUUUUGGGGGCUGAUUUAUUCUUGAUGCCAGAAACACAGCACAAAGAUACUGUAAGUGAGAGAGAAUCCGAAAGUUUGGGAAGCGUACAAGUUUGUACAUUUGUACUCUUCAUGCAUUAGCUAUUCACUUUCUUUGCAUUCUCACUUGAUUGUAGUGUCAUUUAUCUCACUAAUGCCUGUAAAUGGCGGAGUUUUUAACAGUAAAAUAUUUGCUUAUUAGUUUUAAUACUUGAUACAUUUUCUGUAUAUUUUGAACGAUUGAUGAAAGGCUAUGGUGGUGGAUGCAAGGGUGCAACUUUUCUAUGCUACCUACCUUAAAAAUAAAUGACAUUUUUAGACUGUU